AUGUUCCACGACGAUGUUGCCUGGGAUGCUUGCGAGAAAUUGCUUGAGGAAUUCAAGGCUAAAGUCGUGAAACCAGAAGUUCUCCUGCAGGUUACCGAUUUCAUGAAAAGCCAUCGACCUGGGGGAAGAGCAACCGACCGUGCCCGGAUUAUAGGAAUGGGUUCAUUUAAUCUUUGCUUCCAGUUAAUCUUUGAAGAUAAUGUUUCUUUUUUAUUACGCUUCCCUUGCCCUGGUCAAGUCAAAUUUCCGGAAGAAAAAGUUCGAAAUGAGGUUGCUAUAAUGACCUACCUUAAGAAACAUACGAAGAUUCCUGUUCCCGGCAUUAUCAGCUAUGGGAUGAGGGAUCAGAGUCCUGCAGACCUAGGCCCGUUCAUUUUGAUGGAUUACAUCACACAUUUUUCCAACCUUACAACGCCGCUACGUGCCCCAGAUUAUGAGAGAAGUGAUCGCCCUUUCUUGGACCCAAAUAUUAAAGAGUCCAAACUUGAGUAUUUUUAUAGCCAAGUGGCGGGUAUUCUUUUGGAGCUCUCUAAGCCUUCUUUUGAAUCAAUUGGUUGCAUGACAAAUAAUGAUGGAGCAAUAACUGUGAGACCACUGACCCUGAACAUGAAUGAGCUGGUACAGUUAGGCAACUUUCCACCAUCCAUGCUCCCACAAACCACCUUUGCAACCACAUCUUCAUACAACAAAGCUCUUGCUGAGACCCAGUUUUUGCAUUUAAAGACCCAAAGAAACGAUGCUUUCAGUUCCAUAGAGGAUUGCAAUGCAAAAUAUACUGCAAGAAAAAUAGUCUGCAAUCUAGCAGAGUCUCAGGGUCUUGGAAUUAGUGCUGACUCUGGCCCAUUUAAACUCUUCUGCGAUGACCUUCGUCCCUCAAAUAUCUUGCUUGACCAGAAUAUGAAAAUUGUUGCGAUCAUUGACUGGGAAUUUACAUAUGCUGCUCCUCUUGAAUAUACUUUCUCUCCUCCCUGGUGGCUAUUACUACAGAUGCCCGAAGAAUGGCCUGCGGGAGUGUUCGAUUGGCAAAAACACUAUCAACCCCGACUAGAGACGUUUCUUCGAGCACUUAAAAACAAGGAGGAUGCUUCUAUUGCAUGUGGUGAUUUGACAGAGGCGCAGCGGCUUUCUGGGAGAAUGAAGGAAAGCUGGGCUAGUGGAGAUUUUUGGCUUCACUAUGGCCUACGUAAAAGCUGGGCUUUCGAUGAUGUUUGGCCGAUGAUGGAUGCAAGGCUUUUUGGUGGUGACACACCUCUUAGCAAACGUGAGUCUUUACUAUGUACAGAGAAGAGGCUGGCAUACUUGAGUGUCGAGGAUAAGGACGCCAUGGGGCCCUUUGUUCAGCGAAAGUUGGAAGAAGGAGAGGAACGUGUACUGAAUAAUUGGGAUAAUAUCUAG